AUGAAGGGUCGUCUGAGCAGUCAGGAGAGGACACUGGCUGUGCUGCUGGAACAGGCUUUCAGGAUCAAAGAGGAGGUGGCAUUAGGCCUGCAGUCCACCAAAGGCGCCGUCCAGUUCGAGGCACAUUCUCGCAAGCUGCUGGAGAGUCACAUACUGACCAUAACACACAUUGUGAAGCAGCUUAGCAUGGACAUACAGGCUCUAGAGAGACAGAUCACCCAGCGGGACUCUGUUGCCUCUGGAACCACACUAGCUGUUCAAAGCUUAGACCAGAAAAACAUGGCUGGCAUUGGAGACCUGAGAAGAAGAGUAGUCAGGUGUGAUUCCAGCAUUGCCAAGCUGAGCGCUGCUGUGAGCUACGGGGAGCGGAAGAUGAUUAGACUGCAGCAGGAGGUGGCAGAGCUCAGGUCAGCUGUGGGUGUAAGGCUCAAAGAGAUGGAAGUCAAGCUUCAUCGUGACCUUGGAAGACUGGAGGGCUCACUGACAGAGGAUUCCCCAAACCAAAGAAGCUCCAUGUCUGAUCUGGAUAGAAAAGUUAAACUACUAGAAAACAUGAUUUCAGGUGGGCUAAAGGAAGCCAAGGAGCAGACAGAAUUGCUGAGAAAUUGGACAGAACAACAGCUCAAUCGCACUAUCCAGACACAUGCACAGAGCGGCCAGCACCUCUGCUCACAACUACAUGACAAAAUGACAGAGGUAGAGUCUAGAUUAGCUGGACGGCUGCAGGGUCUGGAGGCCUGUGUGGAGCAGUUGGAGACCCAGCGGGACCAGGCUGACCGAAGUCAGACAUAUCAGCUGAAACGCUCUGAAACCAAACUCAGUAAAAGAAUGACCUCAGUGGAGAACGGCUUUCAUCAGAAGCUGCAGCUGCUCAAACAGGAAUACCACAAAGGGUUCCUGUCUGUGCAUGGUGCCAUUGAGUCCCUGAGGCAGAUAGGUGACAUCAAGUCCCGUCUUGACAACGAGAAGCUGCAGAGGGACAUCAGGCACAUCUGCAGAAAGGUGGCAGAGCUCAGUGACUUGUGA